CUGAACUUCUGAAGUGUAGUGUAGUCAAAAGAAGAAAUCCAAAUAUAAACUUGUUGUGAGAAUUUAUUUGUUCGUUCGUUUGUUGGUUGAUGGAUUUUCUUUUUGUUUUUCAUUUCCUAUUUUAAUAUUGUGUAUAAGAAGAAAAGAAAAAUAUCGCUGCAUUUUUGUUUUGUUGUGAAUAAAGUGUUUUAAAAUAUCGUUGAACGAUUUUUACAAUUGGAAAUGAUGUUCCAGCCAUCAUUUUGACGUAAUUAACACGAAGAGUAUACACAAUUUUUUUUUUUUUCAUUUACGAUACUUCGACCUGUUUUUUCUUCUUGUAUAAAUACACACAAGAAUGUCGUUGAGUAAGUCCAGCGCGAGUGACGACGCGAGCAAAUGCAGCGUUAAAACGGAUGACUCGACGUCGGCUGCGUCGAAAUCGUCGAAUAAUUUGGUUGUUCGUAAUUAUCAAAAUUCGGAUGAAAAUUUACAAAUUUUAUUCGACAGUGUUUUAAAUCCGAGUGAAUCGAAGCGUCCAUUGCAAGUGCCUUUGCGUAUGCGGAAGUUGCCAAAUUCAUUUUUUACGCCACCUGCUGCCAGUCCCAAAUCACCGACAGUAUCACAUUCUCGGGCCAAUAGUGUGGAUUCAGCGUACGAUUGUGGUUCACAGCCAAAUAUAAAUCAAACAUCAGUAGCAACAUCGCUAUCAGACUUACAGACUGCUGCCGCUGCAGCAGCAGCACAGGCGUCAGUACAACAGCCCGCAACGACGAUUAAUGCUCAACAACCGCCACCACCACCAGCCGCCUCUCAGGCAGAUCAACCACGUUUACAAAUCUGUCACUCUCGUGCCCAUAGUAGUCCUGCUUCACUGCAGCAAACAUAUAAUAUACAUGGCGGCAAUAUUGGCGACGACUCGAACUCCUUCAUGCAGCAACAAAGCUCUGGUGAAGUUUCGAACGGUGGAGGUGGCGGUGGCAAUUCUGGUCCAGGAUUUCCCGGUACUCUGUUAAGUUACAAUGCUGCCGCAGCAGCAGCUGCUGCUGCCGCCGCUGCUGGGAUAAAUGGCAAUAACAUAUUGGCUUUGGGUGGUGGUGCAGGCGGUGCUCCGUACCAUAUGAAACAACGUUCAUACGAUGUUAUCAGUCCCAUUCAGUUGCAAAAUGAACUAGGUCCUCUUCCUCCUGGUUGGGAGCAAGCCAAGACCAACGAUGGCCAGAUAUACUAUUUAAAUCACACUACAAAAACCACACAAUGGGAAGACCCUAGAAUACAAUUUAAACAACAGCAAGCAUUAAAUGCUGCUGCAAAUGCAAGAUUAAACAACAAAACAGCUGCUGCAGGUGUAUUAAAUGGCGAUUUGGGUCCAUUGCCAGAGGGAUGGGAACAAGCCUUAACAGAAACUGGUGAAGUUUACUUCAUAAACCAUAUUGAUCGUACAACGUCAUGGAAUGAUCCACGAAUUCCACUUUUAUUUCAAAAAGAAAUAAAAGCUAAAUCUGAAAUGAGUUGGGUAAAUGCAACUGAAAUCGACAAAGAUACAGACAUAUUUAAGCAAAAAGCAGGACAAAAGUCUUUAAACAAACACAAUGUUAGCUUACAUAUGGAUCCGUUUCUUUCUGGUGAUAACCACGCUCGACAAGAAUCGAGUGAUAGUGGCUUAAGUUUAUCAUCAAAUUCAUUUGCAGUCAAUCCAGAUUUUAUAACCCACAUGGAUACCAGCAUGGACUGUAUAAGUGAAAACGGCAGCAUUAUAGAUAAUUUGGACACAACUUUACAGCUAAAUGAUAACAUUUGCAUGUUAAACGAUGUGCUCAAUUCGCCUUCGAAUAAGCCAGAUAAUUUGGAAUGGUAUAAAUUAAAUUAAUUUAUUUUUUAUUAUAUCAUCGAAGAUAUAUAUAAUUAAAAUAAGCAAAGCGCGCAUAUAACUAUUAUUUCAACAUUUUUUUAUGUUUAUUAAAAAAGCUAAAAAGUAAAAGUAUUUCCAUUUAUCAUAGAUUUAAUUAUGUUUAUUUUUUGCAAGCAAAAAAUUAUCCGAUUCAAUCAAUCAAAUUGUAAAACAUGUUUUCAACUUUUUUUUUUUUUUUCUUUUAAA